AUGGGAGCCUCAUCGCCAAUGGUCUCUCUACUCAAGACCCUGCUCAUCCCAGCAGUCAUAUCCCUCAUCCUCUUCUUGUUCCUCACCUUCGCCGUCGUUCCCGUUUGGCGCCGGUACCGAAAUCGCUACAGUCAAUACCUCCCAAUCGAGACCAUUUCCAGCCACACAUCAGGCUUGCGCCAUCGCCUACUCAAUCAGUUGUCAAGACUGAUACUGCCCUCGACGUGGAGUAGGAACAGGGGCGCCGUGGAAGAUGCAGCGGAAGAAGACUUUUCGGAGGAUGGUGAAGAGCUGGGCGACGUGGAUGAAGCGACCCUGAAUGCCAUCAGCAGGCACAUGAUGUCGAUGGGACAUGAUGAUACACGACGGUUAAGCAGGGAUCUUGAAGAAGGCUUCAUGGACGACAGCGACGACGACCGCAGUCGCAGGCCAUGA